UUUCAUUUUUGUUACAGAUGACGUGUGGAAUCACCUUUGUGGAUGAUGCCCUAAAUCGUUCCUUUUAUAAGUUAGGCGUGAUUGUGGGACGUUAUCCAGGUUACUUUAUCAUAAUACCAGUAUUAUUAACAGUGAUAUGUGUGACAGGCUAUCAACGUAUUUAUUAUGAAAUUGAUCCAGAAUAUUUAUUUUCACCUGUACGAGGUGAAGGUAAAACUGAACGUGCUAUUGUUGAACAAUAUUUUAAAGUUAAUUAUACGUCACGAUUUAAUGUGGCACGAAUUACACGAGCAGGUCGUUUUGGACGUGUAAUAGUGACAGCAAAACAUAAAAAUGAUAAUAUGCUAACAGCAAACGUAUUUAGCGAUCUGCGCUUACUGGAUGAAUUAAUUCGAAACACUACCGUGUUUUACGAUGAUGAAUAUUUCGCUUACAAAGAUAUUUGUGCUAAAUGGAAUGGCGAAUGUUAUACGAACGAUAUUCUUAAUCUUGAUUAUGUCAUAAAAGAUGUAGAAUCAGGCGAUUUGAAUUUAACAUGGCCAGUAAUGUUUAAUCCAGAAACAUGGGAUGCUCACAUAUUUCCCGUAUAUUUUGGAGGUUCAAAAGUUAAAGAUGAUCAAAUUAUAAGCGUUCCAGCAAUCCAAUUAGUUUACUUCAUUAACGCUGACAAUAAACGUCAAGACGUAAGAGGUUCAAUUUGGGAAGAUGCAUUUUUGGAUACAGUAGGCGAAGCAGAUGAAAGUGGUAUUUUCAAAUAUAUAUCAGUGGCACGAUUUUCAUCACGUACUUUGGAUCAUGAAUUGGAGAAGAAUACAAGAACUGUGGUACCAUAUUUUGCAACGUCAUUUAUUGUCAUGGCCUUAUUCUCUGUACUUACAUGUAUGAUGACUGAUUGGGUACGAUCGAAACCUUGGCUGGGAUUAUUGGGUAAUUUAUCCGCGUGUAUGGCAACAGUGGCCGCAUUUGGUGCUGUUAUUUAUCUAGGUGUGGAAUUUAUUGGAUUAAAUUUAGCUGCACCAUUUUUAAUGGUCGGUAUUGGAAUCGAUGAUACAUUUGUAAUGCUAGCAGCAUGGCGUCGAACAAGCAUUAAAAAGAGUGUACCAGAACGGAUGGGUGAAAUGUUAUCAGAAGCAGCCGUCUCCAUUACAAUCACAUCUGUCACGGAUAUUGUUAGCUUCUGGAUUGGUAUUCUAAGUCCAUUUCGAUCUGUACAAAUAUUCUGCAUAUAUUCAGGUUUUGCUGUAGUAUUUUUAUUUAUAUGGCAUUUAACAUUUUUUGCCGGCUGUGUUGCUGUUUCUGGCUAUUGUGAACAGAAAAAUUUACAUUCAGUGUUUUGUUUUAAAGUUCUACCACGUUCAAAAUCAAGUAAGGAAAAUAAAUCGUGGCUUUAUCGAGCAUUAUGUUCAGGCGGUGUUGAUCCUGAUAAUCCCGAUAAUCCAGUGGAUAAUGAAGAACAUGGCAUGAUGAUCUUUUUCCGCGAUCAUUUUGCCCGCUUAAUAAAUAAUAGUUUUGCUAAAGCACUCAUUAUUUUAAUAUUCGCUAUGUAUUUAGCUGGAGCAUGUUAUGGUUUAACACAAAUUAAAGAAGGUUUGGAACGUCGAAAAGUUGCAAAAGCUGAUUCAUAUUCAAUUGAAUUUUUCGAUCGUGAAGAUGCAUAUUUUCGUGAAUUUCCCUAUCGAAUUCAAGUAAUUGUUUCUGGUGAAAUGAAUUAUUCCGAUCCGAAAGUUCAACAAACAAUUGAAGAUGUGAUGCAAAGUUUAGAGAAUACAUCGUAUAUUUCACCGCCGAUUUAUUCGGAAUCUUGGCUACGAUCAUUUUUACAAUAUAUGGAACGAAAUCAAGAUUACCUUAAUAUGUCGAUCGCUACAGAACCUGAAUUUAUAGCCAGUUUAAAAGAGUUGUGGUUAUAUCCAUCAAAUCCAUUUUCGUUGGAUGUAAAAUUUGAUGAAACGGGUACGAAAAUUAUUGCAUCACGAUUUUUAAUUCAAGCUGUUAAUAUUAACGAUACGAAUCAUGAAAAAGAGAUGGUCCGAGCUUUGAGAGAUAUCUGUAAAGCUGCCCCAUUGAACGUGACAGUUUUUCAUCCAUAUUUUGUAUUCUUUGAUCAGUUUGAACUCGUAAGACCAACGUCAAUUCAAUCAAUGAUCAUUGGGGCACUAAUUAUGAUGUUAAUAUCAUUCAUAUUCAUUCCAAAUUUACUUUGUGGAAUUUGGGUCGCUUUCAGUAUUGUAUCGAUUGAAACCGGUGUAGCAGGAUACAUGGCCCUGUGGGAUGUUAAUUUGGAUUCAAUAUCAAUGAUAAAUUUAAUUAUGUGCAUUGGAUUUUCCGUGGAUUUCACAGCGCAUAUUUGUUACGUCUAUAUGGCCUCCAAGAAAACUACAUCGAAAGAACGUGUACGAGAAUGUUUAUACGCACUUGGAAUGCCAAUUGUUCAGGGAUCCUUGAGUACUGUCCUUGGAGUUGGUUGUCUGAUAUUCACUUACAGUUAUAUUUUCCUGGUGUUCUUUAAAAUGAUUUUCUUGGUGAUCGUCUUCGGGGCGCUUCAUGGUUUGUUCUUGUUACCCGUUUUGCUAUCACUGUUUGGACCAACAUCAUGUAAGAAGAAAGAAAAAAAUAACAUUAAAAUGUCGAAUGUUCAAAAAGCUUUGCCACAUCCGUACUGUAUCCCACAUCCAAGUUUAAUCGUCUCCAAUGGAUAUCCAACGAAACCCCUUAAUAAAAACAUCUACAAAGGAUAUGGCGAUGUGGAUAAAGAUCUAGGACUUGGAACAUCUGGGGAAGAUUCUAGUGAAUCCAGUUCAAAUAAAUCACAACGGCGUCAAGCAUUAGAAGAUGAAAAUACACGUAGACGCUAUGAAGAAGGUUGGCGUCGUUCUUCGCACGUCAUAAACUCGAAUGGACCAAGUCAAUUUCAACCGUCUCAAGUAAUGGAUGUCUAUGGACAUGAAGCAGAGCGUGCGUGGUAUAGACAGCGUAGUGAGGGUCAUCGUCCUCGAAGGUAUUCCCCUCCGAUUGGAGGUCCUGGAGAACGUUAUGGUCCCCGAAGUUUACCGCAACGCUCUCAAUCACAUCAUAAUAUUACACAUCCGCGAUAUGUAGGUGGUGAAAUUCGAUUUCCAUAAACAUUUUAAUAAAUUAAUUUUGUGUGUGUGAAAAACGCGGUUCUUUUUUGGAAAAACAGUGGCUCCACAAAUUGUUUUUUUUUUUUAACUAAGUCAUUAAUUUAUGAUGUGUAUGCUAUAAACUAACACAGGACUGGAGAAAUUUCGUUGAACGUAAAAAGACUUGGAAUGGUAUAGACGAGAAACAUGUCUUGAAAAAAACCGAAAAUCGAAACAAACCAAAAUUUUCGGCGCUCUCUUCAGGCCUUGUGUUUAAAGUGAGAUGGAUGAACUGUGGAAUAUAGUGAAUUUACGUGAACUGUAAAAUAAUUUUAGAUUGGAAAUCUAUAUACGUAAUUUUUGUGGAAGGUUAAGAUUUCUGGGUAAAAUUUAUAAGUGGGUUUAGUUAAUAUGUCGAACUGUUUGCUCAAAGAAAUAAAAUAUACUCCAGAUAAGCAGUCCAUUAGACCCGAAUGCAAACUAUAUUUGCCUCGGAGAGACCACUAAUUUUUAUUUAUUUAUUUUUGUUUUUGGUUCAUCGAAUUUUUGGUCUCUUUUGGCUGACAAAUUCAACUAGGGGACAAAAAAAUUCGUAACCGACUAACCGAAUCAAUUAUGUCUUACAAACGGGUCAUGUGGACAGCGUCUGGACUAAUAUAUGAUUGUAUUAUAAUAAAUAUAUUUGUAGAUUUUGGACUUUUCCGUUAAAAUAAUCGUUACCUAAUUUUGCAGUUAAUUUAGCAAAUUAUUAACUAAGAUUUUAAGUUAAGUAACUCUUUUUUUGCAAGCUUAUUUAUUUUGUUUUGUAAUCGAAAACCAGAAGAUGGCCAUCUUCUGGUUCCGGAACGCGGAAUUUAUGUCAAGAUGAUGUCAUGAUAGCUUCAUACGUCACAUUUUGUAAUAAAUAAAAAAUGUAUGUAUUCAUUAAUUAAGGACCUUAUUCUUUAUUCGAUUAUCAACGGAUUAACCAUAUCGGGACUCCUAGACAUAAUGCAAUAGGCUUGUUGGCAAAAUGCAAAAUUUUUUUUUAUCACUGCAAGUGAAUUAUCCCAGCAUGGCCAGAAAAAUAAAGUUGGUUUUUGAAAAUAUUUAGAGGUUUGAAAAUAUUUUUUUUAAUAUGAAAAGUUUGCGCAUUGCAUGAUUAUCGAACUUUAUAAGCUGACUUUUAGACGAUAGUAUUAAAAAAUUUGU